GAAGCUGUUAUGAAGAAUGGAAGUACUGCUGGGGGAGGCGCUUACUGCCGAAAACCAGCCAGUAGCAAUGAUCAAAGUAAGCCCAAUAGCGCGAAGGAGAGCAAUGCAUCUGCUGCAGGUGAAAGUGGAAAAGGCUACACCAAAGACCAAAUGGAAGGAGUAUCCAGUAUAAAGAAAUGUAAAAAUUAUUAUGAAGUCCUUGGGGUGUCAAAGGAUGCCGGUGAAGAAGACCUAAAGAAGGCUUAUAGGAAACUUGCUUUGAAAUUCCACCCAGACAAAAACCAUGCACCUGGAGCAACAGAGGCUUUUAAAAAAAUAGGAAAUGCGUAUGCUGUGCUGAGUAAUCCAGAAAAACGAAAGCAGUAUGACCUUACAGGCAGUGAAGAGCAAACGUGCAAUCACCCUAGCAAUGGCAGAUUCAACUUCCAUAGAGGUCGUGAGGCAGAUAUUACUCCAGAGGACCUAUUCAACAUGUUUUUUGGAGGGGCCUUUCCAACAGGUGGUGUACAUUCAUUUUCUAAUGGUCGUGCUGGCUACAGUCAUCCUAAUCAGCACCGUCAGAGUGGACAUGAGAGGGAGGAAGAGAGGGGUGAUGGAGGUUUCUCCAUGUUCAUUCAGCUGAUGCCUAUUAUUGUGUUGAUCCUUGUUUCCUUGUUGAGCCAGUUGAUGGUAUCUAACCCUCCUUAUGCCUUAUACCCAAGAUCAAGUACGGGGCAGACCAUAAAAAUGCAGACAGAAAACUUGGGUGUCGUUUAUUAUGUCAACAAGGACUUUAGAAAUGAAUACAAAGGCGUGUCAUUACAGAAAGUGGAAAAGAGUGUGGAAGAGGAUUAUGUGUCCAACAUUCGUAAUAACUGCUGGAAGGAGAGGCAACAGAAAACAGACUUACUUUAUGCAGCAAAAGUAUAUCGAGAUGACCGUCUCCGAAAGAAAGCAGACUCCAUGUCCAUGGACAACUGCAAAGAACUAGAACGGCUGACCAGCCUCUAUCGAGGAGGAUGAACUGCAAUUAUACACGUACAUCUUUACAUAUGCUGUUAUCUCUCUUGUAAAUUAAGAAGAGAUUUAGUUUCACCAUGAAUGCUGGAAAAGAAGGGUGGAUGUAAAACUCUACUGUGUAGCUGUUUCCAGAAACCUUAUGCUGAAAUAUCAUUUAAUGGCUUCUUUACCUACUGUGAAAUAUAGGUAACUUUAAUUGUCUAGAUUUUACUUCAAAGCUUCUGUGAAUUCUUUCAGCAGAGAGAAUAGCUCAGAAAGGAUGCUAUACGUGUAGAGAUGUAGUCAUAGUGGUUCUCCUCUAACAUAUUUGCCAUGUAAAUAUCUGUGGAAAGAACACUUUGUGUAUAUAUGAGUUAAAUGACUUUCUAUUUAAAAUCUCAGAAAUUUAGUUCCAUACAGCAUUUUGUCGCACUGAUGGAAUAAAUAGUAUGAUUACAUCGCUCCUA